GGGAGUGUCUCCGCCUGCGCCUGCGCCGAGCGCCGGGACAGGGCGUGUUCCUCAAUCCGGUGCCUGUUUGCAGCUGACUGUGUGCUUCUCGCGCCUCCGGAGUGCGUCCUGCCCAAGCGUGUCGUUCCACACCCGUGCCGCGAGGUACUCCGUCCGCGACCAUGUCCAAGUCCCUGAAAAAGUUGGUGGAGGAGAGCCGGGAGAAGAACCAGCCGGAAGUGGACAUGAGUGACCGGGGCAUCUCCAACAUGCUGGAUGUCAACGGCUUGUUCACCUUAUCCCAUAUCACACAGCUCGUCCUCAGCCACAACAAGCUAACAACUGUGCCACCAAACAUAGCAGAACUGAAGAAUUUGGAAGUGCUCAACUUUUUUAAUAACCAGAUUGAGGAGCUGCCCACACAGAUCAGCAGCCUUCAGAAACUCAAACACCUGAACCUCGGCAUGAAUCGGCUGAACACUUUGCCUCGAGGCUUUGGCUCUCUCCCAGCACUCGAGGUCCUGGACUUGACUUACAACAACUUGAGUGAAAAUUCUCUUCCUGGAAAUUUCUUCUACCUGACCACCCUGCGUGCACUCUAUCUAAGUGACAACGAUUUUGAAAUCCUGCCGCCAGAUAUUGGGAAGCUCACAAAGUUGCAGAUACUCAGUCUUAGGGAUAACGACCUGAUCUCGCUGCCUAAGGAAAUCGGGGAGCUUACCCAGCUGAAGGAGCUCCACAUUCAGGGGAACCGCCUGACUGUUCUGCCCCCAGAGCUAGGAAACUUGGAUCUAACUGGUCAAAAGCAGGUCUUCAAAGCAGAGAACAAUCCCUGGGUAACCCCAAUUGCCGACCAGUUCCAGCUUGGGGUAUCUCAUGUGUUUGAGUACAUCCGUUCUGAGACAUACAAAUACCUCUAUGGCAGACACAUGCAGGCCAACCCAGAACCACCAAAGAAGAAUAAUGACAAAUCGAAAAAGAUCAGCCGGAAACCUCUGACAGCCAAGAACAAAUAAGGGCUGGCCCAGGCGGGGCUCCUGGCCCUUUCUCUCACUAACACUUCUGUCUCACAAAUAAAUGCAAUGUAUGUGUGUGGCUUUUUUCCUUUUUUCUCCUUUUCACUUUUUCUAGUGCUUACCGCCUUACCUUUUAAAUUCUUUUGGUAGGUGGUAGAUUUUAUAUACAUUAUAUAUAUAUAUAUAGCCUUAAAACCAGUUUCCACUUGUUCCUUUUUUAAAAUCUCCCAAGUCCAGAAACAAAGCUUUAAUUCAACUGCAAAUUCCAUAGUAGGCACAGUUUUAGUUGCUUGGAAAGACAUUGCGAACAAUUAAAAUCAUGUAACCACUUCGGUAUCGCAGUUAACACUUUGCACUCUUCCUCUUCAUUCGCAAAACUCAUUACUUUGCUCUGUUAAGAGUCUUCCUUCAUGACCAAGAUAUCAUGUUAAUUUAACUUACAAGCAAUUGUAAUAAAAUCUUGAAUUUGUAUCACA